AGGGUCAUGCAGAGUGCACUUCCCCUGUCGCCCAGCAGGGUUCCCCGUGCUCCCAGUCUCCAUCCACUGGUGAUGUAGAUUGUCCAGGAAGGAGUGUAGUACACCGGACUGUGAUCUGUCAGCCGCGCUCUCCUGUACCAGGGCUCUACACAACUCCCUGCCGGACAGGGAGCAUCCCCGGAGGACGUACAGCUCCAGCCUGUCCAUGUCUCUGUAUUAAAUGUGAGGAGCCCCCCUGCCCACUGAGCCAGGAUUACCCUUCUCCUCCACUCACCUCAUCUCCACAGCUCAGCCAGGACUCAGACAUUUUUCACUUCUGUGAGACAGAUUUCCUGCAUGUCAUCAUUAUUGAUUUAGGAUUAACCUGUUUGAACUACCGAACUUGUGCAUUAUGUGAGAUCAGGCUCGAGCCAAGCAGCAAACAAUAAACCUUUGACGUCAUUUUGUUAAACUAUUAAUUAUGGAUUCUAAAGUAAGAGAAGGGGAUAGCCUUGUAGAUGAUAAUUCAGCCAAAAAGAAGUUUAAAUUCAAGUCUUUUAAAAAAUUCUUUGGACUAAAGAAGAGGAAAGAGACGCUGCCUUCUUUGGGUAGUAGUGGGCUGAAGAGCCAGUCUGCAGGCGAUGUCACAGUCCCUGACUCUGGGAACACUGAUUAUGAUUCUGAGGAUGACCUUGAAACUGCAGCUGGAGUGCUGGGGAGCAGAGCUGUGUCACAUGACAGCAUCUUCAUUCCAGAGAUAGUACAAGAGACUACCCGACCAGUGCGUGUUUUCUCCCAGGAGAAUGUGUCUGACCAUAUCAAAGCUUUGCAGUUAAAGCUUCAAUCCAAUAUAAAAAUUGGACCACCCCCUUUUGGCUUUUUGAGUAAACGUACUGAAGAUCCUGGAACUAGUUCUGAAGAUGAUGGAUUACCAAGAAGCCCUCCUGAAAUGUCUCUUAUACAUGGGUCCAUCAAAACUAGGUUUUCUGACAUCAAUAGACAUCACAGUUCUCUGAGCUUAGGUGGAACGGGCAGUGAAGAAGAUGAACAGAAUUCAUCUGAGACAUCCUCAAGACCUCUCUCUCCAGAAGAAAAUACACCAAAGGAUAUACCUAAAAGCUCAGUUGAAAGAAGAGACAGCGCCAUACUCUCUCCAUCUGCAGAUUUCACCAAUCCACCUCAGUUUUCUUCCUUUCUAGACAACUCUGCUGCUAGACAUAGGCUGUCAGUGAAGCCUAGAAAUCAAAGGUUAAGCAAAACAAGGAGGCCUUCUGCGGGGCUGCUAGAAGAAUCUUUUGCUGGUUUGAACUCUAUGGAAGAGGAAGAUGUUACAGAACCUAGUCCAGAAAAAACUGACAGCUCUACUGCAGACAUCUUGACUCCUAAUAGAGAUGAUUGUGACAAUGAUAGCAGUCCAAGUGUAAAUUCCACAUUACUGAAUGUAGAAGAAAAGAAAGAAGUGGCUGCUAAGAUUACAGCAGUCAGUGAAUCACAAACUCUCCAAGAAAAAAUGCAGGACCCAGAGGCUAAACUCAGAUUACAAUCUGAAAAUAUUCAAAGUGCACCAACUGUAGCACUGGGAGAGCAGAUCAAAGUGUCCGAUGAUUUAGCGGUUGGGCCAGAUUUAAAGGCAAAGGAAAUCACCUCUAGCAACCUGUCUGCCAUUUGGAAAAAUGCAUCAACCAUAUCCCCGCUACCUAGUAGCAAAAAACAAUCAAUAAAAACUGUCAAAGGCCCUGGCGACAACAAUGAAAACCAAUCUAAUACACAGGAAUUAACUGGCCCAGUAAAGACUUCUCCCUCAGCUUACUUCGAAGAGUCUCUGGAGAUUAGGAGAAGCGUUUUCCGACAUUCACUUUCCGAAAGGAGUCAGAAUACCUCAGAGCAACUCUUAUCGGAUAAGGAAAACAAUAACAAGCUUGGCAAUUUGGAUAAAAAGGCAGAAAGAUCCCCUACAGAGGCAGGUAAUCAGAGAAAAUUCUCUGUAUCAUCUGCUUGGGAAAGGCCUCGGACUAAUAGUUUUAAUCUGAAAGCCAAUUCUGAGGGUGAUGCUGAAAAAGCAAUGAAAUUGUCUCUUCCAAAGCCUGGUUUGUCUAAAACUGAGAAUAUGAAAGAAGAUGACAAAACUGCUGCUACUCCCCAAACUGAAAACAAGCUCACAGGUAGAAACAAGGAGACCAUGGCUGACCCUGAGGCCGCGCCUUCAGACAAGCCUUUCUCUGGUAACAUUACCUCAGUCCAGAACACAGUGCCAGCUACCAGUGACUUGUCUUUGGCACUAGACAUGCAGACAGCUACUGAGGACAAGAACCCUUUUUUUAAGUUAAGACCCACAUCACUAUCCUUAAGAUACAGGGAAGGCAAGAGCCCAGUCACUACCACUGUGAAAAGACACAGUGCGGAACUUAAACAGGAAAAAACAGGAUUUGUAUCAUUGUCCAAAGAUGAAGUACAAGAAGCUGGGCAUGUAGACCCCACUGCCGGCUCUAAAACCGAGAUUAAAGAAGAUGCCAUUGAAGUGGCACAGACUAAACCACCACUACCUAAAAAACCUGUACUGCAGAACAUUACAGUUGCAGACAAUAACACAAAUAAAGAAAUGGCAGAAAAGGAGUCCAGUCAAGAGAAAAAGUCAAAAUCACCUGAGGUGAUGAAUGAAAGAAAAAUGUCAGAGAGAAGACCGAGUUUGCAGAAAAGUAUUGAUAACACCCCUCCUGCUGUCGUGCCAGCAGAACCUGGUAAAGGAGGUGAGAACAAAGUGAAUCAGCCUUCUUGGAUGUCCAUGGCAAAACAGAAACAGCUCAGCUUUAAGGAUGAACACCCCAUCUGCAAACAAAGGACUGCAAACCAAGAGGCUGACAAACAGAAUAAAGAAAGGACCGAGGUUAAUUUAAAGCAACAAGUUGACCAAAUCCAGAACAAAACUACAAUCACAGCAGUUGCCGUUGUUCCCGAGGAAACAAAAACAGACACAAAUGAGCCAAGACGGAGAGCAAACACGUUGCCGUAUCCUGCUCCUGGUACACAGCUGUCCUUGCUAACAGAAAAAGAAGAAAAGGUUAUAUGCAAGCGCCCAACCCUUUCUGUGUCUGAGGAACCAUCAUGGAUGGAGCUGGCUAAGAAGAAAUCCCAGGCCUGGAGUGACAUGCCGCAGAUCAUUAAAUAGGAGAGCGCAGUGCUCUUUCUCCAUUAUUACACACAGUUGACUAGCUGCCAGCAGACCUUGUAUAAGCACAAGUACAACUGAUCAAGGAACCUCCGGGAGUUUUACCAAUCAGUGCUGUUACUGAAGGUGUAAAGAAUUUGUUAAAUUAUAGAUCCAUGAAGUGUAGGAGCUUCUAUUUGUACAUUUGUUUCUGAAGGUGUAUGUUUAGAAAGUAAAAAUGGUUUUACCUUGCCCUAAACUUUUUUUUAACAUUGGACUCAUUUUUUGGAUUUUGCAAAAGAUCAUGUGUGGCUUUAGGCUGUUUUCCCUGCUGUGCAUGAGAAUGUCAAUGUUACGUGUGUUCCCACUGCAAUUUUUUUACACACUGCCCCUCUUCACUUUUCUGUGUUGUAUUCCUGCCAGUACACAAACCACCCUGUGCUAGACUAGGGUAUGCAGGACCCACCCAAAAACAAGUUUUAAAUCUCACUCUUAUUUAAAAA